UGGUCGGCACGGCGAGACGGCGGGCGCCGCGCCACGCGCUUUGAGCAUGGAAGGCGGGAGCGCCGCCGCGGCCGCGGAGGCCUACCAGUACGUCGGACCCUUCAGACUGGAGAAGACCCUCGGCAAAGGACAAACUGGUCUGGUAAAGCUGGGCGUGCACUGCGUCACCGGGAAGAAGGUCGCCAUCAAGAUUAUCAACCGCGAGAAGCUUAGCGAGUCCGUGCUCAUGAAGGUGGAGCGGGAGAUAGCUAUCAUGAAGCUGAUCGAGCAUCCGCACGUGCUCGGACUUUCCGACGUCUACGAAAACAAGAAGUAUCUGUACCUGGUGCUGGAGCAUGUGAGCGGCGGCGAGCUGUUUGACUACCUCGUGAAGAAAGGCCGUCUUACACCCAAGGAAGCGCGCCGCUUCUUCCGUCAGAUCAUCUCCGCCCUCGACUUCUGCCACAGCCACUCCAUCUGCCACCGCGACCUCAAACCGGAGAAUCUGCUGCUGGACGAGCGGAACAACAUCAAGAUCGCGGACUUCGGCAUGGCCUCGCUGCAGCCCGCUGGCUCGUUGCUCGAGACCUCGUGCGGAAGCCCGCACUACGCUUGCCCGGAGGUCAUCAGGGGCGAGAAGUACGACGGGCGGCGCGCAGACGUGUGGUCGUGCGGCGUGAUCCUGUACGCACUGCUCGUGGGCGCUCUGCCCUUCGACGAUGACAAUCUCCGCCAGCUGCUUGAAAAGGUGAAACGUGGCGUGUUCCACGUGCCGCACUUCGUGCCGCCCGACUGCCAGCAACUGCUGCGUGGCAUGAUCGAGGUCAACCCGGACAAACGCAUCACGCUGGCGCAGAUCACGCGGCACCCCUGGGUGACGGCGGGGGGACGCGGCGAGCUGGAGCAGGAGUUGCCCAUGAUGGAGGUGGUGCAGACACGCGUGCUGCCUGGCGCCGACGCGCUCGAUCCCGACGUGUUGCAGGCCAUUUGCAGCCUCGGUUGCUUCAAGCAGCGCGACAAGCUCAUACAGGACCUGCUCAGCCCCCAUCACAACACGGAGAAGGUGAUAUACUUUUUGUUGCUGGAGCGUAAGCGGCGGCGUCCGGCUCGCGACGACGAGCCCCGUCCACCCGCGCCCGCGCCGCCCGGCGACCCCCCGCGCAAGCGCCUCGACACCUGUCGGGUGAAUGGCCAGUCCGCUCAGUUCGGACAGAUCAGCGAAGGUUCACCGAUAACUCCCAGAAGAUCGCAGAUCAGCAGGUCAUCUUCGGGGCGGCGCGAGGGACGCAGUUCUCCGCAGCUGGCCGCGAGCCCGCCUGCGGGCCACACGCCGCACCGUGCGGCCUCACUGGGCGGCAGCCCCGCCGCGCCUGGCGCCCCCGGCUCGCCGCUGGCGUCGCCCUCGUUGCGGGAACACCACCACCAGCGCGCCAACUCCAGCGGCCCCACCAUCAGCCUUAACAUCAGUGGUGAGCCGGGCGAAGCGGUCAUUAUCAUAAACGAGUCACCGCUGCUCGGCGCCGCAUCCUCGCCCGCGCCCUGCCGCCCGCACAGCCCCGCGCACGCCCACACGCACAGAGCGCGAGAGAGGUCGUCGCUACCCGGCCCGCCCACGUCUGCGCAGUCGCCCGCGCAGCCCUCUCUCUUUCCGAACCUGGCUACAUUGACAGCGGCUACGGGGGGCGGAGUUGCGGGAGGCGCGGCGGGCGGGGCCCCGGCGGCGCCCUGGCGUGCGCGUCUCGCCACCAUCAAGAACUCCUUUCUCGGCUCGCCGCGCUUCCACCGGCGAAAGAUGCAGACGUCGUCAGAGGAGGUGCACCUGACGCCGGAGUCGUCGCCCGAGCUAACGAAGCGGUCGUGGUUCGGUUCGCUGCUGCUGGCCGCGGACAAGGAGGAGACCUUCACGGCGCUCGUCAAGGGCAAGCCGCUCGCCACCGUCAAGGCAGACCUCAUACACGCCUUCCUCAGCAUAGCGGAGCUGUCUCACAGCGUGCUGGGUCCCAUGUCCUUCCGAGUGGAAUAUAAGCGCGGUUCCAACGCGCCCGCCAUGUUCCAGAGGCACGUCAGGUUUCAGGUGGACAUAUCGACGAUAACGAAAGCGCCCGGCGAGAACGGCAAGGAGUACCUGUACGCCAUCACCUUCACCCUGCUCUCAGGAAACAUCAGGCGGUUCCGCCGCGUGUGUGAGGUGGUGCAGGCGGCCGUGUGUCGCGCGCCCGGCACCGGCCGCGCUCCCGCCCAGCCGCCGCGCGCGCUGCACCCGCCCUCGCCGCGCGCGCCGCGCAGGCACCUCGUCCUCGCCCAUGCAACGGGUGAGAUCCCCGACAGCCCCGACCCGCCGGCGCAGUCAGACCACGACAGCGAUUCGUCCGCCUUCGAGCCUACGAAGAGCCCAAGCCGGUCCUCCAUCGAUCACCUCGACCAGAACGGCGCGCACCCGCUGGGUUCCAGCUCCUCCGUCACCAGCGGCUCCAGCGGAUACAAACAGCCGGGCGGGUGCGGCGGGUCCGGGGGGCGCGGUGGGCGCGGGCGGCGCACGGAGCCGGCCUCCGCUUCCCUCGACCACGAGAUCAUGAGUUGCGGCCGUGACCUGCCAGGCACGCACACGAAACGUUCGUCGUCGGAAUGCCGGGAUGCAAACUGCUCGCCGCGGCGUGGACUCGACUGUGGCUCGCGCGAGCGGGACUCCGCGCGCGACCUGCUGCGCCGUCACAACUCUUUGCGGGACGCGCCCGCGCCCCCCGCGCCCCCCACAGCGCCCCCCACAGCGCCCCCCACAGCGCCCGCCGCCGGCGCCGAGUCGCGCGCCAUCGUGCCGCACUGGGCCGACCCGUGGCGCAUUGGGUCGCCCCGUGCCCCACUGGGCCGACCCGUGGCGCAUUGGGUCGCCCCGUGCCCCACUGGGCCGACCCGUGGCGCAUUGGGUCGCUCCGUGCCCCACUGGGCCGACCCGUGGCGCAUUGGGUCGCCCCGUGCCCCACUGGGCCGACCCGUGGCGCAUUGGGUCGCUCCGUGCCCCACUGGGCCGACCCGUGGCGCAUUGGGUCGCCCCGUGCCCCACUGGGCCGACCCGUGGCGCAUUGGGUCGCUCCGUGCCCCACUGGGCCGACCCGUGGCGCAUUGGGUCGCCCCGUGCCCCACUGGGCUCUCGCCCAAUUAG